AUGCGAUGCCAGAGUGCCUUUCUGCUGGUAGUGGUCCUGGUCCGAUGUGCAUUCAGCCUGGACGCCCCGUCGAAUUUGGUGAUUGUCGGAGGCUUUCCAAAAUGUGGCACUUCCCACAUCCACCGCGUUCUGGAAGCGCAUCCGAACAUUGCUUCCUUGGCAAAGCAAAUAGGUGCGCUGCCCAAUCUGCAAAGGGAAUUUGAGGAGGCAAUCUUCGUUCUGGCAAAUUCGCUGCAAGUUCCAUCUGGCCUUCCCUUGGCACAGGCUUGCAAUCAGUUUAGCCACGAGCUGCGCACCUUCAAAGAGUGUGGUCGUUUGGCGAGCAUGAUCAGGGGCUGGUACAAUACGUCCAUGCCGGCGACACUGGCCGUCACAGACAUCUUCUUCUUUGAGAAGGAGAUGCUGGUAACCCGCUGGCCGGGUCAAGUCAAGUUGCUCUUCGUGGUGCGCGAGCCAGCAGAUUUUUUGUGGGCGGCUUACAACUUCUGGGUGUUGACCGGGGAGCCGAACGGCAUCCAGGAUGAUUGGACGGAGAAGGGGAAACACGUCCGUAGCCCUGAGCAUUUCGACGAGCUGGUAUUGGCAGACGGCAAAAAUGAGUCUUGGGCGCCCAGGGCCAACAAGGUCACUGGACUGUGGUUCGAACAGAUCAAGUUUGUGAAGGAUGUCACCACAAACCUCCUGUUCUUGAAGUCUGAGGAUUUUACGGACGAUUUGGAGGGGAUCUUAGCGAAGAUGGGCUCGUUCUUCGGAGUGCCAGCCUCGCUAUUCCCCGACAAGGUGGCGCACACCCACACCAACUCGCAAGAAGUCCUCAAUCAACGGGGACCGCAGCAGUUCACCUCGAAGAAGGUGAAGCCCGGGCUGUAUGAGAUUUCCGGGUGGAGGCCAAUGCUUUGCAGCACGAGGCGCUUCAUCUACUCCAAGACACGAGAUGUUUGCGAACAGUUGGACUCCUUCGGCGUUCACUACGGCGCCUGCCUGGGAGAGCAUGACCACUGUGUGGACCCCUUACCUGACUCACGGGCGACUCCUCCUCCCAGGAUGAAGCGCUAUGGACACUUCACAGGAAGCUUCGGAGCCCCUUCCAUCAACGUUCGCAGAUCUGGAGCUGCGGCGUCCUUUGCAAGAAGACCUCUGACAACAGCGGUGUCUACGACGUCUACGUCUUCUGAAGACCCGACUUCCACAUCGGAGGCUCCUCGCUGGGCAGAGGCGCCCGCGAAGGUAGAGCAGGCUGUUCCGAUGCUGCCUUCGACCUGGUUAGGCUCUGCGGAUGUUCCUCGACCGGAGCCUGGUCCUAAACACAAGUAA